AUGGGUGGGUUUACUGGGNUGCUUCAGUAUUCAAACAAGAAUGACAGGUUAUCAAGUGUCUGUGAGAGUGACAAGGUUCUUUCCACUGCAGGUAAUCUCAUCUACGGGGAAGAUAUCCGGCACACCCUUCAAAGCAAUCCUGAAAAGCGUGCUCAGUAUAUUCUGAUGGACCGGAUUCAGCCUGCUUGCAUCAACAAAAACUUUGUUGUUCGUCAGGAGUCUAUAAAACCAGCUGAAAUUAUCUCUGAACUGGGAAUUUUUGGCAUAUUUCUCAGUCGGGGAGAUGAGAUAGAAGUCAACAAAGAUGGAGGCUUCCUUCUCCGAAGUAGACCAUGGGAUAAGUUAGAGGUGAUAAGUCUUCACGGAGAAGGCGCCUACAGCAGUCCAUAUUUGGUAGACUAGAAUGCACCUCACUAAAUGCGAAAAAAGCGAAUAGAUGCUAAAGACCACUUUCAUAAAUAGCUGCCGGAUCGAUAUUCUUUUGUCCAAAUUUUAUUUAGACCUUCUGGCCUCGUUCUCCAGUA